CUGUGUUUUUCAGCCACCACAAGAUAUAUUCAUUGCGACAAUUGUAGUAAACUAUAUGUUGGUAGUAUAUUAGAAGAAAGCUCUAAACAGUGGACAGUCAAAAAUGAUCAAAGAACAAGUCCACCGUAUCCUAGUCAGAUAGCCGAAUACUUGGAUCGCUUCGUAGUUGGUCAGAAACAGGCUAAAAAAACACUCGCAGUGGGCGUUUAUCAGCACUAUCGUCGUCUUGAGCAUAAUAUUGAGAGUGGAGCUGGCUCCAUACAUCAGAUGAAAGAAGACGUUAAGAAUACACCAAGAGGUGUUUUAUACCAGGAAGAAAACAGACUCGGCCAUAUCGCUUCCAGUGAAUUACGAACAUCUCCUAUGGCUUCCCAAGUUCCUUCGCUGCAAACAAUUCCAACACGGCGUGUUCCACCAGUAUUCCGUGCCAUUCCCGAAAAAGAUCCUGUAAUAAGGCUUGAGAAAUCCAACAUUUUACUGAUUGGUCCUUCAGGUGUAGGGAAAACUUACCUUACACAAACAUUGGCAAGAAUACUGGAUGUCCCUAUCGCCCUUUGCGAUUGCACGUCUAUGACCCAGGCUGGGUAUGUUGGUGAGGAUGUUGAGAGCGUUGUCCAGAAGUUAGUACAAGCGGCGGGAGGAAAUGCUGAAAAAGCUCAACAAGGCAUUGUUUUUCUCGAUGAGGUUGAUAAGAUAGCAGCUGCUCAUGAGGGUCAUUCUCCUGCAUAUCGUGAUGUGAGUGGUGAAGGUGUACAACACGCACUACUGAAAUUGGUGGAGGGUACAGUAGUGAAUGUGAAAAGCGGACGAAAAAGUGUUGGUGCACAACAAGACACUGUACAGGUGGAUACAUCAGACAUACUUUUCGUUGCUUCCGGUGCUUUUAAUGGCUUAGAUAAAAUCGUUGCACGACGACUCGACAAGAAAAGCUUGGGAUUUGGAUCCUCAUCCGGUGAGAUGCGUGUUUCCCCCGAUGACGCGAAUUCGGAGCAGUCGCAAAAACGUGAUUACCUGCUUACUAGAGCAGAUCAGGGCGACUUGAUAAAUUUUGGAAUGGUACCAGAACUUGUUGGACGCUUUCCUGUGCUAGUGCCCUUCCAUUCUUUUGACCAAGAAUUAUUGGUUCGUGUGUUAACGGAGCCACAGAAUUCUUUACUAACUCAACUAAAACUACAAUUUGCCAUCGAUAACGUUGAUCUUACCUUUUCAUCCGAGGCUUUACAACAAGUUGCACAAUUGGCAUUGGAACGAAAAACAGGAGCACGAGCAUUACGUUCUAUUCUCGAAGGUGUGCUACUAGAUGCUAAAUUCAUGGUACCAGGCAGCGACAUUGAGUCAAUACACGUAACACGAGAAGCCGUACUAGGCGAAGCUGAAGUACAGUACACAAGGCGGAUGGUCGAAAAUAAGCAAGCUAUAUCAGCUAUGUAG